CUACCAUCACAAACCACUCAAGCAAAUAAACUCAGAUACAUUUUUCUUCCAUCAAGAAAUUCAGCUUUUUCUUCAAACAUUUGAAAUGGGUUUCCUUUUACCUGCUGCUAUUAGACGGUCUUCACAUCGCAGUAUCAAAACAUCAUCAAAAGUAUCAAAUGUGCCCAAGGGCUAUGUUGCGGUGUACGUCGGAGAGGAAAUGAAGCGGUUUGUCGUCCCCAUUUCAUACUUGAACCAACCUUUAUUUCAAAACUUGUUGAAUCAAGCAGAGGAAGAAUUCGGAUAUGAUCAUCCAAUGGGUGGCCUCACAAUUCCUUGCAGAGAAGAUGUUUUCUUGGAUAUUACUUCUCAGUUCAAUAGCCUAUAAAUCUUACACUAAAGGAGGCUGGCAUAGAUUAGCAUAGAAAUUUUGUACAAUAGUCAUCAUCUAGAUUUGUAUAGAUAUUUUUCCUAUUCCUAUCCUUGGAACUGGUUAGAAUUGUCCGUCUGAAUGACAAAUUCAGGAAGAGAUUAUUUGUUAUGACUUAUUCCUAAUCAUAAUGACACAAUAUAUUCA